CCACCGAGCGUUUCGCUCAGUCACCGCACAGUGCACACAGAAGAUUAGAAGAAUUGAUUUGAUAACGAUAAACGUAACAAGUACCUAUGUAAAUAUUUCUCAGAGCCAAAAAAUGACGGACAAACUGGCGAAUAAUCAGGCACAGCCCAUUGUCAAGAUAGGACAUUACACAUUGGGAGCCACUCUAGGUGUUGGAACGUUUGGAAAAGUGAAAAUUGGUGAACAUGUGCUGACCAAGCACAAGGUGGCUGUCAAAAUCUUGAAUCGACAAAAGAUCAAGAGCCUCGACGUUGUUGGCAAGAUUCGCAGGGAGAUUCAAAAUCUCAAGCUCUUUCGGCAUCCGCACAUCAUCAAAUUGUACCAAGUCAUAAGCACUCCAACGGAUAUAUUCAUGAUUAUGGAAUACGUCUCUGGCGGAGAACUGUUUGACUAUAUUGUCAAACAUGGCAAGCUCAAGGAGUACGAAGCUCGAAGGUUCUUUCAACAGAUAAUUUCUGGCGUGGACUACUGCCAUAGACACAUGAUUGUUCACCGCGACUUGAAGCCUGAAAAUUUGCUGCUGGAUCACAAUCUCCAUGUAAAAAUUGCAGAUUUUGGCCUAUCCAACAUGAUGAUGGAUGGAGAGUUUCUGAGGACUUCGUGUGGAUCGCCAAAUUAUGCUGCGCCCGAAGUAAUCUCUGGAAAGCUGUACGCAGGACCCGAGGUGGACAUUUGGUCUUGCGGAGUCAUUUUAUAUGCCUUGCUUUGUGGAACGCUGCCCUUCGACGAUGAGCAUGUACCAACCUUGUUUCGAAAGAUCAAAUCGGGAGUCUUUCCAAUUCCUGAAUAUCUCAAUAAGAGUGUGGUGAAUCUCUUGUGCCACAUGCUCCAAGUUGAUCCAAUGAAGAGGGCCACCAUAGAAGAUAUCAAGAAGCACGAAUGGUUUCAAAAAGAACUGCCAACGUACUUGUUUCCUUCUCCUGUAGAGCAAGAUUCUUCGAUAAUCGAUGUAGAUGCCGUGAACGAAGUCUGUGAAAAAUUCAACGUCAAGGAAGCCGAAGUUCAUGCCGCCUUGCUCAAUGGCGAUCCGCAUGAUCAAUUAGCCAUUGCUUACCAUUUAAUUAUAGACAAUAAGCGAAUCGCCGAUGAAGCAGCAAAAGCAGAGAUAAAAGAUUUUUAUGUAGCUUCCAGUCCGCCACCGGUUGCUUUCAGUCCUAGCAAUGAGGCCAGUGGUAGUGGAAGUCCGUUAAGGCCGCAUCCUGAAAGAAUCGCCCCACUCCGAGACAGGCAGGGCUCUCUGAGCACUACUCCUACCCAAAUGCAAGGUAAUCGAGGCACGCCUGUUAAAAGGGCCAAGUGGCAUUUGGGAAUCAGGUCUCAAUCCAAGCCAAAUGAUAUCAUGAAUGAAGUCUAUCGUGCCAUGAAAGCGCUUGGAUUCGAAUGGAAAAUAAUCAACGCGUACAGCGUUAGGGUGAGGCAUAAAAAUCCAGUGACUGAUAGGUAUAGCAAGAUGUCGCUGCAGCUUUAUCAAGUAGAUUACAAGAGCUACCUUCUAGAUUUCAAAUCGUUAUCGAGCGAAGAGUCCGAGGACAUUACUAGAGAUAUCACUCUACCUCCACCGCAAGCAACAGGCCAUCAUACCAUGGAAUUUUUUGAAAUGUGCGCUGCGUUAAUAACGCAAUUGGCGCGAUAAGGAGAUUGCUUUUUUGUCAAAUUGACGAGAAUAGAAGACAACGAAAGCGGUGAUAUUCGAGCUAAACCAGCUAAAGUUCGGUUUUUAUUUAUUUCUUUUUUUUCUCUUGGUUUCCCAUGUGUAAAUACAUUGUGCAUAGUUGUAGUUAAUUUCUCUUUUGAGAGUAUAAUUUAUGCAAGCGAAUAUAGUAGCGAAUAGUUCUCGAGAAUUUUCAAUAUAUCAAGACAAGUAUUAUUUUAAAUAAAAAAAAUUGAAUGCAAGAAAAUACAUUACAAGUAUAUUAUAUCCUA